AUUUAUGUUUGCUGCUAACAAUUCAUGUCUAUCAUAAGUAUGUUAGUAUAUGCAGGGUAUUUCUCUCUUUUCUCUCCACCGUCUUCAACUGAGCAAUGCCAUGUAGUCUUUGUGGAUGUUUGUCUCUGACGUACAUGACACGCCCACGAUACCCUUUUGCUAACAGCAUUGUAUUGGUAUUACUUUUUUUUAAUCCCGCGAAGCAAGAAUUUCAAGUGCUAAAGACUAUUGAAUCAAGCUCCGCUCAGUUUAUGUUUCUGAAACAAAAAAUGGCGGAACAGAGGUCGUGCUGUCGGCGUAUACCUGUUAAAAGGGAAGACUUCGGACUGAAUUGGAAAGCCCCACAAGACUUUGCUAGAUCGCAGUGGCCGAUUCCAGGAUGGUCCUACCAAAUAUACAGGGUCCUCUUCAUGGUAUACCUCGUCGUGUGGAUGACGAUGAACACCACAUGGCAAGUAGAGUCCAUCGGGGCCUUGUAUUUGAUCUACCUCACCAACUGGUCUUUCAUCAUCCUAACUGUAUAUGGUAUAGUGGCGGCACUAUCCUCGGUGUUCUUCUUCUGCGGGAGCAAGAAGAGACAGAAAACGACGGCCGAUGUAUGCAAAGUUGAAGAGGGCAUCGUCAACCCGUCGUUUGUGGCAGAUGAUGAGAUGCCGAAUAUGGAAGGUAAUGGAUCACCUAAAACCAAUCCGUCUAGCUCCAGCAUAAAUGCUACUAAAUCUGCAAAUGAAGAAUCGCGCUCGAAUCCUUGGUACUUCAAAUUAACCUGGAUUCUCUUCAACAUCAACAUCGCCAUUGCCCCGCUCGUAUCUAUCGUGUACUGGGCUCUUUUACACGAUUACAGCAAUGAUGACGGCUCACGCGAUCCGCUGGGCGACGGUGUAAACGUGAAUGUCCACGGUAUGAACAGUGUGUUGAUCGUAAUAGACCUAUUCGUCUCGGCUCAUCCGAUUAGAAUAACCCACAUCGUCUACGUCAUCAUGUACAGUUUGGUUUACACUGUGUUCUCCUUGAUCUUCUGGGCAGCGGGUGGUGUGGACCCAUACGGCAACAGAUACAUCUACCCUAUCUUGAACUGGGAAGAUAUUCCCGGCUUAACCUGCGCGUACCUGCUGGGCCUUGCAGUAGUCCUGUUUGUGGUACAAUGUUUGAUGUACACCCUGUAUAGAUUGCGGCUGUUCCUCGCAGGCAGGUGUUGCAAAACCAAAUGAGCUCAAGAUCAACGAAGUGUAGCGUUGCCACUGUAGAGAUUCCUACCAUGCUGUCUCGGAUCAUGCAGUCCGGGUCUCUGUUGACAAAAAAAAACCAUAUCUAACCACCAAAAUAUUUAGAUGUUAACACGACGGAGAACGUGCAUGAUAAACGUGAAAAUAGGACCAGUUCGUCUUGGGAAUAGUUUCGAAAUUCCGAACAAAAAAGGAAGGAUUUUAACCCAUUUAUAGUCUUUCCGCCAUUUUCAACAUUUCCAACCUCACCAAAUGUAUUUUAUAGAACAAUAUCUAAGCGCAGUAAAAAUGAAAUUAUACAUGUAAAUCUUCGCUUUAUUCAUGCUAUUUAUAGCAAGAAAAUACCAGGAGUGUGUCAGCCCUGUUUUUGUUAUUUGAACAUUGCCAGUGGAGAUUGAAAAAAA